UGUUUACCAUCACUACGAAAGUGACGGCUUGUAAAUUGUUGGGAUUUAAAACUUUACAUUGUCUGGUGGACGGGGCUUGAUCCCAAAAAUUGGUUACCUGCGGGAGCGGAUUUCCGCGAAGUGAGACGCGGUCGCAGACAGGCAGAACGCGAAGCGCACCCCUGUGAUGAAUAUAAGCCACCGCCGCACUUGACAAGCCAACCAGACCAAUGGAGACCACGGAAGCGGUGAAUACGUGUGAGGAGGGAGACCAGCUAAACGGCUCCUUCCGCCUGCAGUGCCUGAAUUCCUCCGUGGACAUGGAGAGCGAAAGUGACCUCUCGCUGGCCUUCGAGCGCGAAGAGCAGUCCCCGGAUGGCAGCUGCGACGAGCUGCCUGCCUUCGAAAUCCGGGCCUUCUCGCCCCACGGACGCACCCCGUCGCCAAUCGACGAUCUCGAUCUGUCGGACAUCGAAACGCCCAAGCAGCCGCUUAAGCAGCAGUUCCCUCAGGACGAGGAGGAGCGCUCGCGCCAGAACGAUCCUCAGUACGUUGCCCUGCACGAAAUCAACGCCCAGAUCAGCCCGCCCAGUGACGUCGACGAAUCCAACAUCUUGGAGACGAUCUUCGAGGGCGUUUUUCUGAGCACCCCGCCCCGUGAUAAAGCUUCCAGCUCGGGCAACUCCCGCUUCACGCCCAAGCGCGGGCGUACAAAUCUCAUCGAGCUGAUGGCCAACCGGCUGCACGGCGGCAAGGAGAACCAGUCGCCGGGAGCGGGAGUCUCCGACCCGUAUUUGCCAUCGCCACUCAAGGACGCCACCUAGUGACCGCAGCCCACCCGACCCAACCAAAGCCACGGAGCGCUCGCUCAGACUGCCAUCGAUGUUUUAGAAUAAGUUACGAAUUACCUGAAUGUAUGGUUCAAUCCCAGCGGUCACCAGGUGUACACCCAGAUGUGUAUCCUCGGCUGAUCCUCGAGAUCCCCUUAGCUUCGUGCCCCGCGUUUUCCGAUGUCAGGCUAGAAGAUUUUGUAGUGGUAAAUAAAGAUAGUCGUCUUUCCAUGUUUAAAACAUUAAA